UUAAGACUUCCCUCCAUCUCUCUCUCUCUCUCUCUCUCUCUCUCUCUGUUUUCUUCGUUCAGGAUUUUCAAGAACUCUUGGAAGAAGAAACUCGAAAUCAGUUGCCAUGGCGUCUGAGUAUGAUUCUCAACGAUUUCAUUUCCCAGCAAUUGCAGAUGAGAGAAAGAAGCUUGAUGGUUUUACACUGUUUGACACUGGGAGUCCACAGGACAUGAAGAAACCAGCAACCAUGCUUGAGCAUGAGAACCUGGAGGGUUUACAGGCUGAGGAUAAGUACGGUAUACGGCGGAGUUUGGCUUGGGAUAGUGCCUUUUUCACAAGUCCAGGAGUUCUUGAACCUGAGGAGUUGUUUCAGACUGUGAACUAUCAUGCUAUGGAUGAUGCGCUUGACAUACUUGGCCAUGAGAAAGAAGUACUUUUGCCAUCCCAGUCUUUGGAACCAGAGAGCACAAAUAUAAUUGAUAUGUGUGAUUUGCGCAAAAGUUUAGCUUGGGAUAAUGCCUUCUUUACAAAUUCAGGAGUUUUGGAUCCUGAGGAAUUGUCCAUUGUGAAUCAAGGAUUCAAGAAACGUGGGACUUCUCUGCCUAGAAUUCAAGAAGAUGUUUGGAGGUCUACAGAGUCAAACUCUACUAUAGAGAGCGGCACUUCUUCUUUAUCAAGCCUUGAGAUUGAUCUUUUUGAAGAUAUGAAAGCUUCAAUGCAUAAAUACACUAGUGCAUCUGAUUUGGCAGCUUCAAGUCUUAAAUUGCUAAGAGGAGAAAGCAACAUAAAUCUCCAUAGUAAAUGCACUUCUAUCCAUGCUUCAAAGGAACUGGGAGCAACCUCUCGAACAAGGAUGGACAUGCCAAUUUCCAGAAGGCCAAGUACCAAGCCGCAUAGAGUAGAGAAGUCUAAGGGGUCUUCUGUAGCAGUGGCCUCCCAGAAAAAGCUUUCUGCUGGAAGUGGGGAAAUCAAUUCAUCAUCCUCUCCGAAGCCACCAAAGAUAUUAGAUCGGGUUAAACAAAUACCUGCCUCAACAAAAAGCGUUGCUAAUGUUGUCAAAGAUGGAAAACCUGCUCCAACAAAAAAGGCUUCCUCAGUUGCUAGUGUUGUCAAAGAUGGAAAACCUGGUUCAGGACAUUAUUUGACCAUGAUGAGGAAACCUUGUCCAGAGGAUACCAUUGUCGAAUGUAGUUCAACACCAUCCCCAAAAUCUUCUUCAUCAUGUUUUCCAGCUGCAGCUUCUUCUUCAUCAUCUCAUUUGAUCUCUUCAAGGAAAAAAAUGUACUCCACACAAGCCAAUUUCGUUGUAAAUGGUUCAACCUUAAGAACUCCUGUAAGAUGCACAAUGCGGAGCAAAAGUGAUCUGGAAAGUUCUCGUGACCAAACUUAUUUGUUGUCCAUGCCAAAAUCUUCCUCUUUUACUUCACCUGAUAGUUCCCUCGAUGGAUGGUCCUCAGAAUCAUCUUCUGCUUCUGUGAACCAAAGGGCGAAUAAUCCCAAAGUAGUUAUGAGUCAUACCUUCAAACCGGUUUCUCCUGAGAGUAUUUCUUCUCAGCAUUCAGCUUCAGAAAAACAUGUGCACAAUCAACCUUGUAUAGGUCCUGUGGGACAUGAGAAUCUGGAUAUAGGGCUCCCAAAUCAACAAAGUAAACAGAUACAACUGGAAACUGGUUCUCUUCCUACCAGUUCUCCAAAAAAUAUCAAGCCCUCAGGUCUUCGGCUGCCAUCUCCAAAGAUUGGCUUUUUUGAUGUGCAGGAAGAUUAUUCAUUGCAAACUGCAGAAGGAAUUUCGCAGUUUUUUUGUGGUAAACAAAGUUCAGAGUCUAGAGUUGGAUCUGGCAUCAAUAAUCCUAAUGGAACUGCUAACCAAGCUAGAUAUAGCAAGCUUCACCCAUCAAGAGCUUUAACUUGGACUAGCAAGCAAAAUGUUUGCCAGCCUGCUAUUCACGUAAGGCCUACACAUUCGGCACAGAUUGAAGAAGUGCAGAAUGCAUCUGUAGAUGAGCAUGCCGAAGAGGACACCAUUAAAAAUUGCUCCACUAUGACUUUUAAAGAUGAGAAUGAUUUACCUUGCAAAACAUGUUAUAAAGACCGCCUGGGAACUGAGAAAGUGGGAAGUAAGGAUGAUGAAGCUGCAGAUUUUGUCAUCCGUACCAAGGCAGAAAAUGAAGGUACCAAAGGUUCUGCCAGGAACAAUAAGGGCAGAAAGCAUGUGGAGAGCACCCUUUACAGGCCCAUUAAGAAAUCUCUUAAUGAGUAUGAGCUCCCAAACUCAAAAUUUCCUAGAGAUUAUCCAUAUCAAAUUUAUGACAAGGAAAAUAUUUACAGGUUCAAAGAUGAAGUUGAUGGUAUAAGUAGACAUAUUGGUGCCUUUAAACUUGGCAAUAAUGCGGUUUGAUUGAGCUAAAGGCAAAGACAAACUUGCUCCAAGUGGUCAGCCUGGCAUCUUGAAGUCUGAAAAAUAUGUUUGACUAGCAUCUUCAUCCUCAGUGAAGUUCUUAACAAAAGGAAAUUUCCGUAAGGGAUCUUAUCUUAAGAAUAGUUGAAUUUGUUUUGCAUAUUAUUACGUGUAGUAUGGAUUCUUGAAAAACAGGAAUCUGGUGGUUUUCAAGGGCAUCAACCAUUUAAGGACACUGAGAAUAAGUAGGUGAAGCAUUUAGUUAUUUUGUGGGUUAAAAAUAAUCGAGGCAUCUGAUUGUGUUGUGUAAAUAGGAUGGCGGUGUAAAGUAUGCGUCCAAACUUGCAUAUUUUUGUUAUUCUGGUUGUAUAUUUGGGAAACUAGAGAUCCAAAUUCUAGUGCUUUUGUUGUGAAAUUUAUGUUAUAUGAAUUUUAUUA